AUGCAAAAAUACGUCAAUUUAAUCUCUGUUCCAGACUUAAACAAUACAGAUAUUAGGUCAAAUACAGAUUCAGUAUCAGAUAAUGCUAAAAUGUAUACUGCAUCUUUAAGAAUUCAAGAAUUAAAAGAAAAAAUAAGAUCAACAUAUUCAUCUCUUCAAAAAAUGGAAGCAACUGUAAAAUCAUUAGCAUCUACCUAUUUCUCUCUCCUUCAACAAACUCAAAUGUUUACUUUAGAUCUAAUGUUAUGCCAAUAUUUAAAUGGCUUGCUUCCCUUACAAAAAAUUACAGAAUAUAUUGAAUACACAGUAUACGAAACACAAGAUCUUUACAAUUUUUCAAAAGAAUCAUCGAAACAUGCUUCAUUAUUAUUUAAUUCAUUAAUAGGUACAGCAAAAUCCAUUACUGCGACACUACAGUCCUCUAAAAUUGCUUUAAUACCAGCUUCGCAGAUUAAUUUAAGAUUUGAUGAGUACCUUAAUAGAGUUUCAGAACUUCAAAAAGAAGAAAUCGCUAAAGCACAAGCAGAAUUAAAAGAAUUUCCUGCUUUUGACUUAGUUAUUCAAAAAAUGCUUGAUUUUCCUAUUGUAGAACCACUUUCUCCCGAACAAAUUAUUAAUUUCCGAGAUUACAUGCUUAAAGAGUUCAAUAUUACAGACAACAUGUCACAGUCAUUCUUUUCGAUAUCACAAGCUGCCCAUCGUAUCGUAACUCUUAAGCAAUUACAAGAAUAUAUUACUAUCUCAAGAUCCCUGAUACAAAACACAGAUCCAAAAGAUCCCUCCACAUAUACACCAUUUACCAUUAGGAACUCCCCCUUCUUUAAGUCCCUAUCUGCACGAUCCGCCUUUUUAAGACACGCAUUAUCCCUUCAAGAGCGAGAACUUGCUUGUGUCUCCGAUUUCGACACGUUAAUUGAGUCCUGUUGUCGCGCUUUUUCCAUGUAUCAUGAAGAAUGCCGCUCUUCCAUUAACGAUAUCAAACAACAAAUCAUAUCUCUUAACAAUGUAUUGGAUAGCCACCAAGAAAGUUCAUUUACGUUACAAACAGAUGUGUCUCCAGCCAUUACCAGCUUCAUAAAGGAAAUUCAGUUCUUUGAUUCGGAAGAAAUAAGAUCCGAAGUGUCAAAUUUAUGUUCACAGGUCAUAACCACGUGUAAACCGUCCUCAAAUGAACUUUUAACCGAUUGGAACUCCUUUGAAAACAAAAUUUCCUCUCAAUUUUUCAAAGAAAUCAUUGAUACAGAAAUUUUGUACGAAAACUUGUAUUCUAUGAUCAGUUCCUUAGCCAAGACAGACAUUUCGGUGCUAGAACUCACAGCAAAAGCCACUGAAAAUGAAGUCUACACGUAUUAUAACGGUCAAGAACUCGAAUCUCUUUCGAAUUUAGAAAAUAAGUUGAAGAAUGUAAUGGAAAGUCUCAAGAAAGUGGAUGUUUCUGUAAUGAUUAAGUCUAUGAAUGAUAUAUGUGACUCUGUUAUCAAAGCAAAAGCUAAGUAUGACCAAGCAGAACAAAAAUUAAAUUCCAAAUUUGAGAAAAAUGAGAAAAGUGAAGAAAAAGAUACAGUGGAAUCACUGAAUAAGGAAAUAAAGGACCUCAAAGAAGAAUCCCUGAAUCUUGCAAAGGUUGCUUCUCAAAAACAAAUUUUAAUUUCAAGAAUUGAAGAAUUAACUUUUGAUAAAGACCACGCAGAUGUAAGACCAAUAAACCCUGUGCAAGCUACAAUGCUAAACAAGUAUGUGAGCAGAGUAAUGUGUCCUAUUUGCAAGAGAAAUCGAAGAAACGUGAUUCUUUCAACUUGUGGACACUGUUUUUGCAGCGAUUGUCUGAGCCAGAGAAAUGCUUGUCCUGUUUGCAAUGUGAGCUUUACACAGAACCAAGUUGCAAGAAUUCAAUUAUAA